UUAAGGCUAAUCUAUACCACUACAGCAGUGCAGAGGAAAAAUGUAGGAGCCUCAGGACCUGAAAAGUACACGGAGGCAUUUAUUAAAAAACAGAUUGAAGAGUUCAACCUAGGAAAGAGACAUUUAGCCAACAUGAUGGGAGAAGAUCCAGAAACUUUCACCCAAGAGGAUAUUGAUAAAGCUAUUGCCUAUCUCUUUCCUUCUGGCUUAUUCGACAAACAAGCCAGGCCAAUGAUGAAGCAUCCUACUGAAAUUUUUCCAGAGCAGAGGAAAAUCCAGUGGGGAGAAGAUGGCCGACCAUUUCACUUUCUCUUUUAUACGGGCAAGCAGUCAUAUUAUUCAUUAAUGCAUGAAACAUAUGAAAAAUUGCUGAAUGUUCAGAAAUAUCAAGACCAGCUGAUAGCUGAAGACCUUCCUCAGAAGGAAAAAAAAAACCUGGCUGGCAGCAGAUGGCUGACUAAGAUUGAAUUGGAAGAAAUGUUGUUAGAAAAACUGUCAGAUGAUGAUUAUUCAAGAUUUAUUCAACUCUUAAAAAAAUUGAUGACGUUGCCAUGUGGUGACAUCGAGGAGAAGUAUAUACAAAAGUUUUCCAGAGAAGUUCCUGUGCAGUUACAAAAGGUAGUUAUUGAGCCCUUGAAGUAUGAUGAGCGAGGUGUGGCCUUCAGCACCGGUGAAGGUACAAGAAAAACAGCAAGAGCUACUGCAGUAGUUUAUGACAAUGGGACUGGAAAAAUUACAGUGAAUGGAAUAGAUAUUUUACAUUACUUCCCAGUGCUGCAGGACAGAGAGCAGUUGUUGUUCCCUUUCCAGUUUCUUGACAGAAUUGGAAAACAUGAUAUGGUUUGCACAGUCUGUGGUGGAGGAAGAUCUGCACAAGCUGGAGCAAUACGUUUAGCAUCUGCAAAAGCCUUAAGGAGUUUUGUGACAGAAAAGGAGGUGGAAUUCAUGAGGCAAGCUGGACUACUAACACUUGACCCACGUGUGAAGGAACGAAAAAAGCCUGGUCAAGAGGGAGCCAGACGGAAAUUCACCUGGAAAAAGCGAUAAGUCUGAGUAUUUAAAGAACGACAGAAUGCUACCAGAAUUUCAAAAAAUACUGAAUUAUGAUUUAAAACUAUUGUAUAAAUAUAUUUAGUAAUAAAGACUUUUUCCAUUAUAA